AUGUCAAAAACAAAGAAAUGGACAAUUCACGAAAAGCGUCCACAAGAACCAAAAUGGUUUACUCAUAACGGAUACGUCAACACUGAUCCAACCAAGAUCAAGAAGAAUGGAGCUGGCAAAAACAAUUGGGGUCAAAAUGGUGAUGAAUCUGAAUUCACCUUGUUUAACAAGAAGAGCACAAGAAGAAAUUCCAAUCACGAUGUUAAUGAAUUGAAGUUGAUGAAUUUGAAUAAUUCAAUUGAUGCAAAGUUUGCUUGA